ACAUGAUGCGGUUCCUGGAAAGUUCCUGGAAAGCAGCCUGUGCAGUCACCAGCGCGGAGAGGCGGGGGGCGCCCCUGGGCUAGAGACGUGCACGCGUCUCCGUGCUGCCUGCCGGGGGGUGGCCCGCUGGCCCCGCGGCUCCAGCCCGCUCCCCUAGCAGAGGCCUGGGCAGUGCGGGCGAGAGGGGCUCCCCGUCUGCCUCCCACUUCCGCGCGCGGCUCGCCCCAGGGGCCUUGCCCCGCUGGGCGCCUCCCGCUCCGCGCAGUAACAGCCCAGCGAAUAAGAGCAACCUGCUGCUCGCCCCCCACCUGAGCCCGCCGGCGGCCCCACAGGCUGGGCUCUGGGGCUCGCCCCCCACCUGGCUUCUCCUGGUCUCGGAGUCCGGGGCCCCGGCCCUCCCCCCACCGCCUGGCUACUGACCCAGGGACGCUGGUGAGGCGAAGGCUGCGGCGGGCGCCCCGGGCAAGGGGCUGGGAGCAUGUCCGGGCGGCGCUGAGAGCGGAGCCCCCCGUCCUUCCCGGGCUGUGACCGGCGGGUGACUUCUGCCUCCCCCCCAAAUGACCCUGCGCUCUUUCGAGCCCUCGGAUGGCGCGGAGCGGGCCGGGACCGAGUGGCGGGGUCCCGGGGCUGAGGUGACCGAGCGGGCGGCGGCGGAGCGCCUGGCCGCGGCCAUGGAGGAGCUGAGGCGGGCAGGGUGGUAUUGGGGCAAUAUGAAUGUUGCUGAAGCCAAAGAGAGAUUACAAGAUACUCCUGAAGGUACUUUCUUGGUUAGAGACAGCUCCCAUUCGGAGUAUCUACUGACUAUCUCGGUAAAAACAUCAGCUGGACCAACCAAUCUGCGUAUCGAGUAUCAAGACGGCAAAUUCAGACUGGACUCCAUCAUAUGUGUCAGAUCUCGGCUUAAACAAUUUGAUAGUGUGGUCCACCUGAUUGAAUACUACGUUCUUACAUGCAAGGAUAGAAAAACGGGGCCUGAAACUCCAUCAAAUGGAAUAGUGCAUCUUUAUUUGAACAAACCUCUCUAUACUUCAACUCCAUCUCUGCAACAUCAGUGUAGAAUAACUAUAAACAAAUGUACAGAUAAGAUCUUGGAACUGCCUUUACCAACAAGAUUAAAAGAGUACUUGAAAGAGUAUCAAUACCAGAACCCAUCCCUUCAUAGGAACAGUUGGCAGCGGAGUGUGACGCUGGGAAAGGCACCUCUGCUGAAAACUUUUCAGUGGACGCAUCCUCCACACGGGGACAGAGACUUUCCCAGAUUAGAAGGUGGAAAAAGACAACUCAGGAAGACAAUGUUUAAUGAGUUAAGGCACGCCUCCAAGAGUGACAAGAGGGAGCUCAGAGCAUGGAGGAUUACACUGUCUGAGAACCUGGACAUGGAGAGGGAGGACAGAAGAGCAUGCAGGGAACAAGAGUAUGCCAUACAGGAAGAGAUGCUGUGGAUUAUGAAGGAACAGACAUGUUGAGGGUCAAGAAAGGCAGCUGGAUGCUAGAGUCCCUCUGCAGCUUACGCUGAGCCUGCUGCUAUAAUUGCCCAGUUCUACAUCCUCCUCCCUAAAACAUCCUAUCAGGUGGGGUGUGAGGGAGUUCAGUAUCUCUUUCACUCCACACCAGUAUCAGAGGGGUAGCUGUGUUAGUCUGGAUCUGUAAAAAGCGACAGAGUCCUGUGGCACCUUAUAGACUAACAGAAGUAUUGGAGCAUAAGGUUUCAUGGGUGAAUACCCACUUCGUCAGAUGCACCAGGAGAGGGUACAAGGACCAGAAGGUACCCAUUCCCACACCUUUGAUUGUUACUGCAGUGCAUCCGUAAGCAACCUUUCCUUGUUUCUUCCCCCUACAGUGUUAACCUGGGGCAAAAGGGCUGAUAUCUUUCUUUUCUUUGCUAUCUCUGUGCGUUUGUGUGCAUAAUAAAACUCAACAGAUUGGGGAGAAAAGGCUCUUUAUUCAUCCAACGCCCGGUGGUUGAUGGGGGUAGAGUUUAAUAAUAAUACAUGGAGAUA